UUAGCUUAGCAAUGGCGAGCGUUGAUGGAGAGAAAGUAGUGAGCAACAAGCAGGUGACAUUGAGGGAUUAUGUCAGUGGUUUUCCAAAGGAAUCGGACAUGUACGUCACUACUGGUACCGUUAAAUUGAAGGUCACCGAAGGUUCCAAUGCUGUUCUGGUGAAAAACCUCUACUUAUCCUGCGAUCCCUACAUGCUUGACCUCAUGAGGCCAACCACGUCCCUUGAUGCCACCUACUUUGCCCCCUUUAAGCCCGGUUCGCCCAUUGCUGGAUAUGGAGUGGCUAAAGUUUUGGAUUCUGCGCAUCCAAACUUCAAGAAAGGAGACUUGGUUCGGGGAGUAACCGGGUGGGAAGAAUAUAGUCUCAUUGCGGAAACUGAUUUUCUGUUUAAAAUUGAACACACAGACGUGCCUCUCUCCUACUACACUGGAAUUCUUGGUAUGCCUGGUAUGACUGCCUAUGCUGGUUUCUAUGAAGUUUGUUCUCCUAAGAAGGGAGAAUAUGUCUUCAUUUCAGCAGCUUCUGGUGCUGUUGGUCAGCUUGUUGGACAAUUCGCAAAAUUGUUGGGUUGUUUUGUUGUUGGAAGUGCUGGAAGUAAAGAGAAGGUUGAUCUUUUGAAGAAUAAAUUUGGUUUUGACGAUGCUUUCAACUAUAAGGAAGAGCUUGACUUGGAUGCAGCUUUGAAAAGGUAUUUCCCAGAAGGCAUUGACAUUUACUUUGAGAAUGUUGGGGGUAAGACACUUGAUGCAGUGCUCCUAAACAUGAGAACCCAUGGCCGCAUUUCUGUAUGUGGAAUGAUCUCACAGUACAAUCUUGAUGAGCCUGAAGGUGUGAAAAAUUUGAUGGAUCUCGUUUACAAGCGAAUCCAUAUGCAAGGAUUUGUCGUUACUGAUUACUAUCACCUCUAUCCCAACUUCCUGGACACUGUGCUGCCUGGCAUCAGAGAUGGGAAGAUAGUGUAUGUGGAAGACAUAGCUGAAGGCCUUGAGAGUGGCCCGGCCGCUCUGGUUGGACUUUUCAGUGGUCGCAAUGUUGGAAAACAGCUCGUUGUAGUUGCUCGCGAAUAGUUUUUAGCUUGUCGUUUGCACAUGUUCAUGUUGUUGUUUAUUACUGUCGCUUGAUUGGCAACAUGGUUUAUUUUGGCAAAAUAAAGUAUACUCAUUUG